AUGGUAAUAGUAUACUACUAUACUGUAACCCUAACAUCAUGUAGAUGGAUACGUCAACUCAGAACCAUCUUCCAAGAACGAGGAAUAACAAUUCUCGAAGACCAGCUACUCGACCCCGAAGCCGAUAUUGCGUAUGCAUGGACAUUAAUGCACAUGGAUGGGAUGAAGGAAUUAGUCAAUGUAGCAGCAGAAGGCUCAAAAGAGGGAAUGGAGUUGCAUCGACGCGCCGCUCGGGAGGUACAGAGAGGUGCUUGUCUAAGUAUGAGGUUGGUGAAUGUUGUAGGUAGAAAGGCUGGAGGUGACUGA